AUGACCUAUAUCCAUUGCGUCGGGAUCGGAAAAGCAACAUCAGCUGCAAUGUCGUCAAUCGAUCAAGCAAAGCAACCACAUGAGGUCGAUGAGGAGGUCCAGGAUGUUCAACCUACGAAGCCCGUGUCGCGAUUUACUCGCUGGUACCGCUCGCCUUUGUUCAACGUCAUCCUUGUAGGCCUGAUCUCCUUCACUCAACCUGGUAUUUGGAAUGCCCUCAACAGUACCGGCGCUGGUGGCCAGCAAGAGCCUUAUCUCGUCAAUGGCUCCAACUCACUCACUGUUGGUAUCCCUAUUACAGGGUAG